AUGAACCAGAAGGCCCCUGAUCAGGGCAAGACCUCUAAUUCCCGUCUUCCAAGAACUCAGAAAGACUGCUGGACAUGUCGUGCUCGUGGAACCAGAUGCGAUCAACGCCAGGGCAAGUGCGCAAGCUGUUCUUCACUACGCCUCAAAUGUGCAGGCUACGGACGGAAGCCCGAGUGGAUGGAUGGUGGUAUACAAGAGCAGCAGAGGGUAGACGAACUGGAGAGGCAAAUCAUUCGACGUCGAAGACUGGCAUCGGAUACACCGCACUCGCCUCGACGCCUGCCCAGCUCUCGACCACGAUUGGCGACCAUGCCAACAUUGUCGAUGAUGACUUCUGCUAUUGCAAGAUCUCCAGCACAGUACACUGAAGAUUUCAAUCGUGCUCUUCAACUCAGUACGCCAGAUAUUGGUGCCUCCUUUCUUCCAACUCCACCGAAGAUUGGCGAGUCUAGCUUUUCUGGCUCUCGGGACCUCCUUUUCGAGACCUUGCAACCAAUCGCAGAUUUCAACAGCCAGGCACAUACAGUUGAAAUGUCUUCAGUCGACCAUGCGCAAUACGUCGAUGGUGCCGGGAACAAUGAUUUCGCUUUUGGACAAGAUAUAUGUCUUUUCUCGCCAACAAAACCAAAUCCCUCUGCGUCUCCGAACCAUGCAAGCAUCCAAGAGGUUACUAGCAGCACAGGCGUUUCACCAACCCAACGCCAGGCCGCGCCACUUGUUUGCAGCGACGACACAUUUCACAUAGAAGACUUCCUCGUGGGCGAUGAAGCGCCCACCAAAGAUUGCAGUGGCGAGAAAAGCAUAGUGAUUCAUGCAGGCCAGUCGCAAGAUAUGUUGGACGACGCCCUCGGGAUUUUCCAGCUAGAGACGCUGUAUGCUGAUCUGGAUAAGGUGGACUCGGGUGUUUCAAUCAUGUCGUCUUCGGAGGAUUCCACUUCUCUGCGCGAGGUCUUAUACUUCAACGACACUCUUAUGCCCGAGCGAUUCCCAUACAUGACUAACACAACCCGGGAUGCCAUUCGAGAACGAAUCCUCCGUCCCGAUGCAGCGAUUAAAGACUUGCUCGACAAAUCGACGCUGGCAUACAUAGACUACGUCCAGACCCGAGGGCUGGAGCGAUAUACCCGGGGUUCUGCACGCUCCAGAAGAAACUUGAAGACCAAGCUGAUCGUUGAAAACGCAACGAGCCUCCUUCCUGCUCUCAAUCAGGAUGCUAUACCGAAAUCUUGCUUGGAGGAGAUUUUCAUCGUAUUUUUCCAAGUAGCGUUGCUUGAGGUGAGACAUCUUGUCGCCGUAAGCAUAUUCACGACUAAUCUGGUGCGACAGGCUGAGGAAGGCUCUUGGACCACUGGCCGUCUUCAAGUCAUUGCUGAAUUCAUUCGCCAAAACUCCAUCCAGCUCGACGACAACACCAAUCCGCUCACCAGACUUCUUCUUGGCUUCUUGGCCAUUGUUGACAUUGUAGCAUCGGCGUGCGAUGUACAAUCACACAGCAGCUCAGCUCCUCUCGACGACUCCUGGCUCGAGAAUCCGGACCUCGCACAAAUGACUGGUUGCCAACCCUGGGUCUUCCAAUUCAUAUCAGAAGUGACUGGAUUGCGGCGCUGGAAAGAGGACCUUAUAGCUUCCCAACCGCUGGACGCGCAAGAACUCUCAGAGCGGACUUCCAAGCUGCUUGGCGAGAUUCAGCGACGACGAGCACACGACGUGACAAGUAUUGACAUCGAAUGCGGUGAAGAAGAAGUGCGACACUCCACCGAGGUGUGGUGCUACGCCGUAGAGCUAUUCCUUCACAUCACCGCAUCUCCCGCAUUGCCCGACGUUCCAGAUGUUCGCCUGUGUGUAAUCAAAAUUAUAUCGGCCGUGCGCCAUCUGAGCCACGUACGACAGCUAAGACGACUAUCGUGGCCUAUUUGUAUCGCAGCCUCGAUGGCCACCCGCGAGGACGACGCAUUCUUUGCCGCUCUCGAGGACGGGGCUCGCGGCGACCACGAUAACUGCCUUAGCCUUCUCAGGGCUCUAGACGUCGCGCGAGAAUGUCAACGGCUCCGACGUGUCGCUGAUAAUCAAAGCCGCUAUGACGAGAAACGAUCGUUUGAGCACAUUGAAGCAAUGCGGAGCCUGCGUAAAGAGUGGGUUCUUCUUUGA